UAUGGUGUACGUGUAGGUAUUUCAUUACAAUGAGACGACCUUACGCAAUAUUUGCAGUGUGCCUGGUUUUCGCCCGGGAACUUAUCCACGCGUCUGCGGUCAACGGACGUGACAUUUCCCGCAGACGAGCCGAGAUAAAUCCCGAAGUCGGAUUGGUGGCGUUUUCAGUAGCAAGGUCUCAAGAUUUGAAAGGACAUAAGCAAACGCAAUCCGCAGUUUCAUUCGACCACGAGUUCGUGAACACUGGCGGUCAUUUCAACUUAAAACAAGGAACAUUUAUCGCCCCAGUUUUCGGCUCAUAUGAAAUUACGUUCAGCGGGGGCGGAUUACCUCACCGCAAGAUGUCGCUGCUGCUCAUGAAAAAUAAUUUCGAAGUUCAGGCACUUGCGUAUGACGGGCAUACGAGGGGAAAACCCCGGGUGCAACACCAAAAUCUAAUCCUUGAACUUGAGCAAGACGACAGGAUUUGGUUAAAGUUGGCUGACGGUCAACAAUACGGGGUGAGCGGACAACGAUCCCAUUCUUACGUCACAACCUUCUCUGGUCAUUUGUUGCAAAACACGGAGCUCAAUGACGUGACGAAAAGAUACAAACGUCACAAACGAGGAACAAACAAGAAAAAACGAGCAACCGUUACGAGGGAAGUUAAUGACGUCACAGUAGGUAAUUCUCAAACAGCGAUCGCUUUCUCCGCGGCUUGUCGAAGAAGCGUGUUUGGCGGUGACGUCACGGGUAAAGAUCCCUCUCAUGACGUCACGAUCACUUACGACAAAAUAUUUGUAAACGUGGGGAAUUCCUUUAAUUGGGAAACUGGAGUCUUUACAGCGCCGACCAGCGGCGUGUAUUACUUCAGUUUCACUGUCGGGAAAUUCCCCAAGAAGAAACUCUCUGUCUCACUCAUGAAGAAUGACAAUUUAUUUCAAGUGAUGGUAUACAAUGAAAGCAAGUCUCGUUACCGUGAGAUGCAAAGUCAGAGUGUCAUUCUACAACUGGUACGUGGCGACACCGUGUGGCUGAAGACUUACAACUCGAAGGAAUACGCAGUUUACAGCAAUCUCGGAAGCUAUAUCACUUUUUCUGGAUAUUUAAUCGCCAAAGUUUGACCACCACACAUGGUGUAGGGCGCCAAACCUGGGGUGGCGGGGUGGUCUGACAUACCCUAGAAUUUCUGCACUGUAUUGAUCAGAAAACAUUGGAACCAAAUUUAUCUCAAAGGAAUGCGUGUCUAACUAUCCCUGCUCCCCCUGUGUUUUAAAAGCGACAAUGAUGGUCUAAAUACAGUACACAAGUAAUGAGCUGCUGUAUUAAUGACAAUAUAUAUAAGUCAUUAUGACUAUAUAUCUAAAGUCGAUAAACCGAAAGUUUUGAUUUACUGUUAUGUUAUUUGAUAAUCCACUAACGACAACUCAACAACUCAAAGGCAUGAACUAAAGUCAAAGUAGACAGUUUAAAAUGACCUAGAGACUUACAUUGUCAUCUUUAAAUGCUGUUAUACUGUAAACCACCUACAAGUCAACAAAUUUAAAAGCUUUCUUUUUACCCUACCUCUUUUUACCCUGCGAGCCACUUUCAUGGCAAAACUACAACCUUUUAAAUAUUUUAAAUUUUAAGUUUCGAAUACAAAUACAGCAUAGAAUGAAAUCCUGACAAUAAACAGUCGAUAAACCGAAAGUUUUGAUUAAAUAGUAAAUAGUAAUACCCCAUUUGUAUUUGUAGUAAUGACACUUACAAAAAGAAUAACCAACUUUUAAAGCCAUUGAACUAAGAAAUAUGGUCAUUUACCACCAAACUACCAGCCAAGCAUGAUUACAAGAUAUAUCACUAACUAUAUAUACAUAUUAUGUUUCCCAACUUUUGUUGCAAUAUUAGGUGUUCGUACAAUUUGUGUAUACAGUUUUCUAAAUAUAAAUAAUAAAAAAAA